GGUGCUCGCAGCUGUCAGGGACCCCGGAGCUCGCCGCGCGCCUCGGCCCCCGAGACCCCGCCAUGGUGCGCGCGGGCGCCGUGGGGACGCACCUCCCCGCGUCCAGCUUGGACAUCUUCGGGGACCUACGGAAAAUGAACAAGCGCCAGCUCUACUACCAGGUUUUGAACUUCGCCAUGAUCGUGUCUUCUGCACUCAUGAUCUGGAAGGGCCUGAUUGUUCUCACGGGCAGCGAAAGCCCCAUUGUGGUGGUGCUCAGUGGCAGUAUGGAGCCAGCCUUCCACAGGGGCGACCUGCUGUUCCUGACAAACUUCCGGGAAGAUCCCAUUCGAGCUGGUGAAAUCGUUGUUUUUAAAGUUGAAGGACGAGACAUUCCAAUAGUUCACAGAGUGAUCAAAGUUCAUGAAAAAGAUAAUGGUGACAUCAAAUUUCUGACAAAAGGAGACAAUAAUGAAGUUGACGAUAGAGGCUUGUACAAAGAAGGCCAGAACUGGCUCGAAAAGAAGGACGUGGUGGGAAGAGCCAGAGGGUUUUUACCAUAUGUUGGUAUGGUCACCAUAAUAAUGAACGACUAUCCAAAAUUCAAGUAUGCUCUUUUGGCUGUGAUGGGGGCGUAUGUGUUACUAAAACGUGAAUCCUAAAACGAGAAGCAGUCCCUGCAACCAGAUUGAAAUGAAUUCUGCUGGAAAAAAGAGAAAAACUAAUAUAUUUGAAAUGUUCCACUUUCUGUAUAAAAGGAAACAAUGUGGAGACGUUUUUGUCUUGUCCAAAUAAAUGAUUCAUCAGUAAA